AUGAAGAUUCGCAACACUGUUGAGGUGAUUGUGCCUACCACUUACACUGCCGCCCUGAGAGCAACUAAGGCUAUGGAAGGACUUGAUAGUUCGCGUGAACCUCCUUCAUCACCAGUGGGGCAGAAGCGACACCACAGCCAGACUAACGGAAAUGAAUUGUCUUUUUCACAUACAAAGAAUCGAUCCGACAAACAGCGCCAUGAUUUUAAGCGUGGAAAGCAGGGCAGUGAGAACAGAUCAGAAAAUAGGCUCAAGUGCAAGGAGUGCGGUAAGAAUCAUUGGGGCCCGUGUUUGGCUCGCUUUGAAGCUUGUUUUCGAUGUGGAAAGGAAGAGCAUUUGGCUAAGGACUGUCCUAGAGGUCAUACUAAUGAUACCAAAAUUCAGCAGAGGCUAUUACGCAUCGCAAAUAACCCCACUCAGAACCGUCCUCCAGCGAGAGCUUAUGCCUCUACUAGUCAGGAUACUGGAAACCCUGAUGCAGCGAUGACAGGUACACUAAAUGUUCUUGGUCACCUUGAUUUGACAUUGUUUGACUCGGGAUCUACGCAUUCUUUUAUUUCUACUAUUUUUGUUAGUCAAGCAAAGUUUGUGUUAGAACCUUUAUUACAUGGAUUCUCAGUAGGCACCUUGGCAGGGGUGGAUAUGAUUGCUGCUGAGUAA